AUAUCGGACUCCUUCAUCCUCGCAGGGGGCCACACGUCAGAGUAACGUUUAAAACGCAGAUAUCUUUCAUGUGCAUGAUGGUGUGAUUCAUUUCACUUGAGUUGUUGGGUUAAUAAAGCACUCUGUCUUGAAGUCACUCUGCACCAUGACGAACUCAUGAGCGCUUAGUGUACAGUGGAUUUUUGGAAAGCAGUCCCCCCCCCCAUCUGGAAAAGAAAGGUUUCAAACGCACAUUUUCAAAACUCAACGAAAGCCCUUCAACUAGCACUUUUGAACUCUGUCGAGAUGGCAAUGGCAUCGCUCCCGUGCGCUCUCUGCAUAAUAUGGAUAUUUCUGAUCUGUCAUUCGACGGGAACGAGAUAUAUAUACCAGUUUCCCGGCGUAACUGAUCAACGUGUCAGCUCGGAGCGGAGCGCGAGUACCGGUUCACCUCUCAGCGGAUCAAACACCCAGCCCAGGAACUGGUGCCAGUUCACAGUGUCGAGGACGGUGACAUGCCAGGUGCGCAAUGGGACAGAGACCACAGUGCAGAGAGUGUUCCAAGGCUGCCGCUGGCCAGGACCCUGCUCCAAACUCAUCAGCUACAGGACCGUGGUCAGGCCGUCUUACAAAGUGGCCUAUCGGCAGGUCACUGCUCUGGAGUGGAGGUGCUGUCCUGGGUUUGCAGGAGAUCAAUGUCAAGUAGAGUACAUGAACUGCACCGGCUUCACUGACAUGAACAGCAGACUGAACUACAUCGAGUCCAAGAUUAAACUGCUAGACGGGGCAGGUUCACCAUCACCAUCCUUCAACAACUCAACGGAGGGUUCCAGUGAUAACGAGGUGUACACCCCUAACCCCACCCCCAUAGGCCCUCCAUCCUACCUGGAGCCAGGAGGAAGAGGACCACCGGGGCCAAUCGGAUCACCAGGUAUUCCAGGCCCAGCUGGCGAGGCAGGGGUUCCAGGACAGACCGGACCGACAGGGCCAAUGGGAGAGCGAGGAAGACCAGGAGAGAUCGGUUUUCCAGGCCUCCCCGGACCUCCAGGCCCUCCAAGGCCACGUCACUCCCCUACCCAGCCGAGGGGUGACAUGUUCGGGUUCGACGAGCAGGAGGAAACACCUCUUCCUCCAGCUCUUCCUGAGUUCGUAGCCGGCCCUCCCGGUCCACCUGGUCCCCUUGGACCCCCAGGUCCCCCUGGACCAAUCGGACCAGCAGGAGUUCCAGGUCUCCCAGGGCGAGAUGCAGAGGGAGGCCUCCAAGGCACGGCUGGGGACCCAGGGUCUAAAGGAGACACAGGGGAGAGGGGACCUCCAGGAUUAACAGGGGAGCAUGGCCAGCCUGGGCAGUCUGGGCAGAAGGGGGAGCCAGGAGAGGGUUUACCUGAGGGGGGAACUGAGGGAGUGCAGCAGCUAAGGGAAGCUCUCAAGAUCCUGGCAGAGAGAGUUCUGAUUCUGGAACACAUGAUUGGCAUCCACGAGAGUCCAGUGGAGUCCGGCUCUGGACUGGAGAGCCAACCAGAUUCCUUCUCAUUUCCCGCCAUGAGGACCAGGAAGGCCGAGUUCACCAUCAAGACAGGACGACUUCAGCCUCUCCAACUCUCCUCCAAUCCUCAAGGAAACAAUCUGCCUAUAGAGGUGGUCAGACAGAGACAAGGUCUUUUUUAGGGGGGUAGAUCAGCUUUAAUAUUGCAGAUAGAUUGCACCUUCCAUGUAUUGUUUAAAAAAUAUAUAUAUAUAUACAAUGCAUUUGGAAAGUAUUCAGACCACCUGACUUUUUUCCACAUUUUGUU